CAAGUACCUGCUGCUUGCUUUCGAAAAGUUUAUCACUUGCUCUGUUCAACUCCUUUCUUAUCACGGCACAUCAGUUUUACGAAUUUCAUUAACUAUCGUUAAGUACUUAGGUUUAUUCAUUCGACUACUUCAAUCCCUCUACAUUUGUGGCCUUGUGUUUACGCUAGAAGUAAUUAGUAAUGACCAAACUGAAUGUGUUCGAAGUACGUUUAUGUCACGAACGUGUGAGAAUUAGAAAUAGUCGCACGCCUAAUCGUCUCUGGAUACUCUAUCGCUGAAUAGUUUAAAAGACAGGUUAAUAAUGCCUUCAUCUAGUGAAAGUGAUAUACCUGAUCCAUUUUUAACUAAACGUCGAAAAAAGAGGAAAAUUAUACAUAAAAAGGCAUCCAGUUCUCAGAAAUCAGUUUCUGCCAGUGCAAGUGAAGUUGUAUCUAAAAUCACCAACUUAUCAAGAUAUCUACCUUCAAACAAGCUAACUGAAAAGAGCAAGAAUAAGAAAAGAUGGAAGGAUAUUAGAAAGCAAAAUCAAAAGGUUGAUAGCAUUGUUCUGAAGAAAAGCCAGGGGGUUUGCAAAAGCAAAAAUUUGCCCAAAGGAAAGGGUUUAAAGAAAUUACAAUUGGCAAUGGGUGUAAAAUGUUCAAAAGAUGAGAAGAAAGACAAGCAAGCUGAGCACAUUCAUAAAUUACAAGAGAAACUUAAUGCUGCAAGGUUCCGUUAUUUAAAUGAAAAAUUAUAUACUGAGACUGGACAGAAAUCAUACAUUUAUUUCCAGUCUGACAAAGAAGCAUUCAAAAUAUAUCACAGUGGUUUCCAAAGUCAGGUGAAAAAAUGGCCUGUGAAUCCUCUUGAAAAAAUCCUUGAUUAUGUACGACAGACACCACGCUCAUCGAAAGUUGUAGACUUUGGUUGUGGUGAGGCUCUGCUAGCACAAAAUGUCCCACAUGAAGUGUUCUCGUAUGAUCUUGUGGCUUUGAACAAACAUGUCACUGCUUGUGAUAUGGCACAUGUGCCACUCAAGAUUGCCAGUAUGGAUACAGCUGUCUUUUGUUUGUCUUUGAUGGGUACCAAUAUGGUUGACUACAUUGCUGAAGCUGCUCGGGUACUGAAACACAAAGGUAUCUUGCUGGUUGCUGAAGUGGUCAGUCGAUUCAAGAAACAGCUUGACUUUGUGAGAGAAAUUGAGAAAAUGGGUUUCUCACAUUUGUCAACUUCCAGUUACAAACUGUUUGUGAUAAUGAAAUUUAUGAGAGAUUCUUCAAAACCUAAAAAAGACAAACAGAACAUUUCUUUAAGCUUAAAGCCAUGUGUAUAUAAGAAGAGAUGAUGUGCCAAUAAUUGACAAUAAUUUACCUUAAGUUCUAUUUACAGAAACAACCAGACCAUGUUCCUUACAUACACUGUAUUUGCCUUCAUGUCUAUACACUAACAUUAGAUUAAAAACAUGUACUCCAAUAGUACAGAUGACUAUGGUUACAUAUUGAAAUUAUGCUGACUACAUUCAAUUUUUCAUGUACGAAACAUACAAACAUACAUACACACACACUUGUCUACAAGAAUGCAUGCAUAUAGAAAAUGUUAAAUAGUUAUUUAAAAUUGUGCUUAUGCUCAUAUAUGUACUAAGAAAUGCAUACAUACUUGUAUUUUGUAUGACUAUUGCCACACUGUAUUAAUCUGCUAUAUAUUGUAAAUUAUGUGCCUUGACUAAACCAUAACCUCAUUGCAUAUCAAAACACGUCUUCCAUGCCACAUUGAUGAUGCUUUGUGUAACAUAUCGAAAAUUUUGUACAACAUUUCACCAUAACUUAUAUUAUCAUGCUUUUAAAAAGCUGCUAUUCUUUUGGUCCAUGUAGCCUCAGUAUUUGAAUAAUGAUUUCUCAUGUCAACAUAAAUUGUAAAGGAGUGCAUAGCUGAUUGAAUCACAAAAUAUUUGAAAUAUGAAAAGCAGGAGUUAGAGUUAACAUUAAGGUAUAAUAAUUAAACACUAUAAGGCACUUUUGGGUGGCAGCUUACCAUUUCUACCAUUCAUUGAGAUCCUAAAACCAAGCUGCUAUGUAAAAAGCAUUGGUGUGGAUGCUGGUGCCACGUAAAAAAGCACUCAGUAUACUUUAAAGUGGUUGGCAUCAGGAAGGGCAUCCAGUCGUAGAAUCCAAGCCAAACAGGCUGUGGAACAUUGUGUGGCCCCUGGCCUUGCCAGUCCCUAUCAAACGUCCAACCCAUGCCAGCAUGGAAAACAUGUUGGAUGAUGAUGAUGAUACUGUUCUUGUAGGAGUUUAAUAUUAAUUUGAAGUAUAUUUAGAUACUGAAACUGGGGUGUUGUAGUAAAUAUAUUGAAAGUAUUUGGUAGUUUUUUUUUGUUGUUUUUUUGUUGUCUUCCUUUAUGUUCUGAGUUCAAAUCCAGCUCGGGUUCACUUAACAUUUAAUCUCUUUGGAUUUGAUAAAUUAUCUACUGAGACUGAAAUAGUUGACUAUGGACUCCACUUCUGUACAAAAUUUUGACUUGUGUUCUUAUAUCAGUGGAUGCAGCCAUGCUUGGGCUCCACCUUGAAGGUUGUAGCCAAAUAAAUUGACUCCAGCACUUAAUUGAAGCCUGGUACUUAUUAUAUCAGUCUCUUUUGCUGAUCUACUAAGUCACAGAGACAUAAACUAACAUCAGUUGUCAAGUAUUGGUGGGGACAAACACAAAGACACAUAGAGGACCAGCUUCUUUCAGUUUUCUUCUACGAAAUCCACCCACAUGGCUUUGGUUGGCCUGAAGCUAUAAUGGAAAACACUUGUUCAAGGUACUGUGCAGUGGGACUGAAUCCAAGACCAUGUGGUUGGGAACCAGAUUUCUUACCACACAGCCAUACCUGUGUGUGUGUUAAAAAUCAUAAAUUAAAUGGAUGAGGCUGAUAGCUAAAAUGGUAGAGUGCUAGACCAAAUUUCUGAGUUUAUGGAUUUAUUAUGUGUAAUUGAAGGUUCAGUAUUUGUUGUUGACUUAUCUCCAGUAUAGUUGGAGAAUAUCUUGUCUUGUAGAAUUUUAUUAUAAAGGAGUGCUGAAAAGUUCCUGGUGUUAAGGGUAUUGUGAAAGGCCUGGUUGGAGGCCCAACCUUCCGAGUUCUUUACAGAGCUUAGAAAAGCUGGAGGACUGCUGCAACAAGUUUGUGAAUCUGAGAGAAUAUGUUGAAUAAAAUUAUAAUUAACUGA